CUCUGGGAGAGGCCGUCACUGUGAGGACCGCGCUGCGCUGGGGAACUACUACAACUUCAUUCACCGUGGAUUUACGCAGCGGGGACGCAUGGCACAGCCGCGCUCACGCCACCGGGCGACGACUUUACUGAGUUCGUGCCACUUGUGAAGGCGCGCGCGGGGCGAGUUUGGGGUCUUUAUGGUGCGGUGUGACUGAGGGAAGCCUCUCCAAGCUGUGCGCACAGAGAUGGGGCGCAGAGCCGCGCUGGGCUGCUGCCUGCUGGCCGCGCUCUGCCUCCUCCGCGGCUGCUGGAGCGACAUCACGGUGGCGGUGAUGCUGCCGGACAACUACAGCAUGUACGCGUGGGCUCUGCCGCGCGUGCUGCCGGCCAUCCUCAUGGCGAAGGAGGAUCUGCACGGGAAGCACAACCUGCUGCUCGGCCACGACAUCAACAUCCUGAACUACAGCACGCAGGACCCCGCCGCGGGCUCGUGCGCAGAGAGCCGCGCGCAGGUGCUGGCCGUGGACGCGAAGCUCUACGUGCGCCCGGACGUCUUCUUCGGACCCGGUUGCGUGUACCCGCUGGCCUCCGUGGCGCGGUUCGCGUCCCACUGGAAGCUGCCGCUGAUCACCGCCGGCGGCCCCGCGUACGGGUUCGACGCGCGGGAGGAGUACCGGACCAUCGUGCGCAGCGGGCCGACCAGCACCAAGAUCGGGGACUUCAUCAACGCGCUGCACACGCAGUUCAACUGGACGUCGCGCGCCGUGGUGAUCUUCUACGACCAGCGGCAGGACGACCGGCCGCACUACUUCCUGUCCGAGGGGAUCUACCUGAACCUGAAGCAGGAGAUCAACGUGACGGUGGAGGCGCGACCGUACCAGAAGGAGCAGGACCACAAGGAGCUGGUCGGCUUCAUGAAGGAGAGCGGCCGCAUUAUCUACAUCUGCGGGCCGCUGGAGUCCUUCAUGAGCAUCAUGAAGCUGUUCCAGGAAGAAACCCCAGACCCAGAGAACUACUCCAUCCUCUACCUGGACGUCUUCGGUGAGAGCUUGUCCGACCGCAAGCCGUGGCAGAAGGCGAACUUUGACUGGGCCGACGCCGUCGAGGUCUUCAAGUCCGUUUUCAUCAUCACGUACCAUAACCCAGAGAACCCAGAAUACCUGGACUUCCAGAAGAGACUCCAUGCCAGAGCUCAGAGGGAUUUCGGUGUUCAUUUGGAGCCAUCAUUAAUGGACUACAUAGCUGGCAGUUUCUAUGAUGGCUUUCUGCUGUACGCCAUGGCGCUGGAGGACACGCUGGCGGAGGGCGGGGUGCAGAACGACGGCAUCAACAUCACGAUGAGGACGCAGAACCGCCGAUUCUGGGGAAUCACCGGACUCGUUACCAUAGAUGACAAAAAUGCGAGAAACAUAGACGUGGACCUGUGGUCGAUGACCAACCAGGAGACGGGAGAGUUUGGGGUCGUGGCGUACUUCAACGGAAGCAGUAAAGAAAUCAUUUGGUCGCAGACGGAGAAGAUCCACUGGCCCAGCGGUGGACCGCCGCUGGACAAUCCGCCAUGUGUGUUUUCCACAGACGACCCUUCCUGCAACGAUGGUCAGCUCCCCGUUCUGGGCAUCGUCGCCGUCGGUUCUGGAUUAGCGCUCAUCAUCUUCGGGAUCUCCAGUUUCCUCAUUUACAGGAAACUGAAGCUGGAGAAGGAGCUGGCUGGAAUGCUGUGGAGGAUUCGGUGGGAGGAUCUUCAGUUCGAAAGCCCCAAUAAAUACCACAAACGAGCCGGCAGCAGGUUGACCCUCUCACAGAGAGGAUCCAGCUACGGCUCCCUGAUAACUGCCCAUGGAAAAUAUCAGCUAUUUGCAAAAACCGGCUAUUUUAAGGGAAACCUGGUGGCCAUUAAACACGUCAACAAGAAGAGGAUAGAGCUGACCAGACAAGUAUUAAUGGAGCUGAAACAUAUGAGAGACGUUCAGUUCAACCAUCUGACCAGGUUCAUCGGGGCCUGCAUCGACCCGCCCAACAUCUGCAUCAUCACCGAGUACUGCCCCAGAGGAAGCCUGCAGGACAUUUUGGAGAACGAGAGCAUAAACCUGGACUGGAUGUUCCGCUACUCGCUGAUCAAUGACAUCGUGAAGGGAAUGAACUAUCUCCAAAACAGCUACUUUGGCUGCCACGGAAAUCUGAAGUCAUCUAAUUGUGUGGUGGACAGCCGAUUUGUUUUGAAAAUCACAGAUUAUGGUUUGGCUAGCUUCCGCUCGUCUUUCGAAAACGACGAUUCGCAUGCCCUCUAUGCAAAGAAGCUGUGGACAGCUCCAGAGCUGCUCAUAUACGAUCGGCACCCUCCUCAGGGGACUCAGAAGGGUGAUGUGUACAGUUUUGGCAUCAUCCUGCAGGAAAUAGCUCUGAGGAACGGACCUUUCUACGUGGAGGGCAUGGACCUCAGCCCUAAAGAGAUCAUUCAGAAGGUGAGAAACGGCCAGAAGCCGUAUUUUCGGCCAACGACAGACAACAGAUGCCACCCGGAGGAGCUGACCAUCCUGAUGGAGGGCUGCUGGGCCGAAGACCCGACAGAGAGGCCCGACUUCGGUCACAUCAAGAUCUACAUGGCAAAACUCAACAAGGAGGGCAGCACCAGCAUCCUAAACAACCUGCUGUCCAGGAUGGAGCAAUACGCCAACAACCUGGAGAACCUGGUGGAGGAGCGGACGCAGGCCUACCUGGAGGAGAAGCGGAAAGCCGAAAACCUCCUCUACCAAAUCCUCCCACACUCGGUGGCGGAGCAGCUAAAGCGCGGCGAGACGGUUCAGGCGGAGGCCUUCGACAGCGUCACCAUCUACUUCAGCGACAUCGUCGGUUUCACCUCUCUGUCUGCGGAGAGCACGCCGCUGCAGGUUGUCACGUUGCUCAACGAUCUGUACACCUGCUUCGACGCCAUAAUCGAUAACUUUGACGUCUACAAGGUAGAGACCAUCGGAGACGCCUACAUGGUGGUGUCGGGGCUGCCGGUCCGGAACGGGAAGCUCCACGCCAGAGAGGUGGCUAGCAUGUCGCUAGCGCUGCUGGAGCAGGUCAGAACCUUCAAGAUCCGACACCGACCCAACGACCAGCUCCGGCUGAGGAUAGGCAUUCACACCGGUCCGGUGUGCGCCGGCGUUGUGGGGCUGAAGAUGCCGCGGUACUGCCUGUUCGGAGACACCGUCAACACGGCGUCCCGCAUGGAGUCCAACGGAGAGGCCUUAAAGAUCCACGUUUCCUCCGCCACCAAAGAAGUGCUGGAUGAGUUUGGUUACUUUGACCUUCAGCUGCGAGGAGACAUAGAAAUGAAGGGUAAAGGUAAAAUGAGAACAUAUUGGCUUCUUGGGGAGAAGACCGAUGUGUACGUAAUCUGAGAGGCCUGCUGACGGCGCGGCUACUUUAUUUGUUCUAGAAUAAGUCCUUAACUGUGAUUUCCAGCGAAAACAGACAGAAACAGAGGGAAUCCCAGGUAUAUUUAUUACCUGCUUAACUAAACAAAACUAAUAAAA